AUGGUCAACAAACCGCACGCGCCGCGUCAGGCCAACAAGGCCGUCAAGAAACCCGCCACCAACGCGGCCACCCUGAACGACGAAGAUACCAGCUAUAUUGUGUUUGGAGACGACAAAAAGAGCAAGAAAGGGAAACAACCCGCUCAAGAUACCAGCAAUCCCAAGCAAACUGAAGUCAAGAGUAAGACACCGACUGUUCCAAACGGCACGCAGCCAGAGGCGGAGAAGAAGCCAGACACACGAACAUUGAUCGCGGGCUCGUCAUGGACCGGAAAACUGCCUAUGACGCUGUUCAAUGAGCAUUGUCAGAAGCAAAGAUGGGACAAGCCCGAGUAUACCAUCCAUCGGAAUGGCAAAGGCUUCACAGGCGGCGUGGUCAUUCGACAGAAGAAUCCCAAGACACAAGAGGUCACGACUCUUCCACCCAUCGUACCGCCGGCAGACUAUCUGAAAGAGCGUGGGACUCAAGAGAGUGCAGUCGAAGCCAGGCAUUUCGCAGCUGCAUAUGCGCUCUUUCGAGUUAGCAACAUGAAGAACAUUCAUAUGAUGCUUCCCCCUCAGUAUCGCGACCUCUGGAAAGGAGACUUUCAGGAUCUCAAGAGCGAAGCAGUCGCCCAAGGUGUGGGGUACCUGUACGAGGCAGAUCCAUUUCUGGCCAAGAAACAGCGCGACGAGGCUAUGGUCGCGAAAGAGAAGGCCAGAGUGGACAAGGUGAAGCAGCAAGCUGAGGACAAGAAAUCUGAAGUUGUUAGUCUUGAUGGCCAAGUACAGAGCAAGCACGUUUUGAAGGGUUGGAUGCGUGUGCCAAAAGUGGAGAUGGGUGUCCGGACACGACGGGAUGUCGAGCGCUUGAUACGACAGGGCGGUGCUUGGAAUCCCCACGGCGUGGUCAUGAAAGCCGUGGAACGGAAAGCCAUCGUAGAUGAUUUGUCUAACAUUGGUUUUCGGAGGAGCCAUGUCGAAGAAGCGACCGAGCUAUGCAAGGAUCGCGAAGAAACCUUGGAAUGGUUGCUCAUCCACGUACCUGAAGACGAUCUGCCGAAGUGGUGUCUGCCAGACAACUAUCUUGCUGGGGUCAGCUUAGCCAGUGGCGACAUGAAACGCGAGGGCAAGCUCAAACGGCUCUCAGCUGCUGGGUACCCACUUGAAGUUUGCAGUGACGCUCUUGAUGCUUCUGCCGGAGAUGAAGCAUGUGCAGCGGAAGUGUUGCAGGCCAAGCUCCUGGACACCGUUGCUCCAUUUCCGGACGACAAAGCGAACAACUUCGAGGCUUGGGACGAAGAGCAGGCAACUUUGGAGGCUAUCUUUGGCGAUCGAUACACCAACCACGAUCGGUUAUGCUGCAUAAAGCUCGAUCUUCAGACGCCCUCAAAGAAGCCCAUCACUCUGAAAGCUCGCCCGCCACCUUUCUGGUACCCAGAAAAUGUGCCUACAAUAUUCGUCGAGGCUGAUUUACCUGCAUAUGUUCGGCUCAGUAUCCUUAAGCAAGUCCUGACGACUGCAAAGAAUGAGUAUUUGGGUGAACAGAUGCUCUUCAGUAUGGUCGACUGGUUGGAACAGAAUAUCCCUCGCGUCAUAGAUCAUCCUGGUAGACUAAGCGACGUGGCCUCCGUCGCAUCAGCUCCCAGCAGAUCAAGCGCUUUGCACUCAAGAGGAAAUAAACAGCACAGAAAGCCCGAGCCCAUCAAUUGGGUCAGUCUGGACAGCAGGAGUCAACAGCUACUAAACGACUGGCAAGCCAAGCAAUCAACCCCUAGCCAACAGCAGAUGCUGAAGGCUCGACAGAACCUUCCUGCCUGGAAGCUACAAGACGACAUAAUCUCUUCUGUCACCAACAACCAGGUCACCAUCAUCUCUGGAGAGACUGGAUCUGGAAAAUCUACGCAAUCAGUGCAGUUCGUUCUGGACGACCUCAUUAAGCGAUCGUUCGGACAGCAAGUCAAUAUCAUUUGCACCCAGCCUCGAAGAAUCUCUGCGCUAGGCCUUGCAGAUCGCGUUGCGGACGAGCGGUGCGGCAAGGUAGGCGAUGAAGUCGGCUAUGCCAUUCGAGGCGAGUCGAAGCAGAAGCCAGGCGUGACGAAGAUCACAUUUGUCACGACUGGUGUUCUGCUCCGUCGAUUGCAGACAUCAGGCGGAAGUACUGAAGAUGUCGUGCGAAGUCUCGCCGAUGUCAGCCAUGUCGUCAUUGACGAAGUUCACGAACGAAGUCUAGACACUGACUUCUUGCUCGUACUCUUGCGAGAUGUGCUCAAGAAACGCAAAGACCUCAGGCUUGUGCUUAUGAGUGCCACUCUCGAUGCUGACAUGUUCGAGAACUACUUCAGAGGGAGUUCGAGCGUCGGCAAAGUGGAGAUCGAAGGGCGUACACAUCCAGUCCAAGAUAUCUAUCUGGAUGAAAUCGUCCAAUGGACCGGAUUUGGUUCAGCUGAAGCCGAUGAUUCAGACGCAGAUUUUGAUCAUCACGGGAACACUGGAUCAGGAACAUCAACUCCGCAGCAAGCACCGCAGCCAAACAUUGGCAACGCUCUGCGAGCAGUUGGCACGAGGAUCAAUUACGACCUCAUAGCGCGGACUGUUGAUUACAUUGACCAUAAGCUUGGUAAUGUGGAUGGAGGCAUUCUCAUCUUCCUCCCUGGUGUUGCUGAGAUCGAUCAGACUCUACGGGCUCUUAGAAACGUGCCAAAGUUGCAUGCUCUGCCUUUGCAUGCUUCGCUCCAGAGCUCAGAGCAACGACGUGUCUUCCCAAGACCUCCACCUGGGCUGCGCAAGGUCAUCGCUGCGACGAAUGUCGCUGAGACAUCGAUCACCAUUGAGGAUAUCGUCGCCGUUAUCGAUACGGGCCGCGUCAAGGAAACCAGCUUUGACCCAGCGAACAACAUGGUGAAGCUGGCCGAGGUGUGGGCUUCCCGUGCAGCUUGCAAACAGCGAAGAGGUCGUGCCGGACGUGUUCGGGCUGGUGAAUGCUACAAGCUCUACACUCGAUCUGCCGAAGCCAAAAUGGCUGAGAGACCAGAGCCAGAGAUCCGAAGAGUGCCGUUGGAACAGUUGUGCCUAUCUGUUCGUGCGAUGGGAGUUGCUGACGUUCCAAGCUUCCUCGCAUCGGCGCUCACACCGCCAGAGAGCCUGGCCGUGGAAGGUGCGCUGAAGUUGCUCGCGAGAGUCGGUGCCUUGGACAACGCAGACCUCACCGCCUUAGGACAGCAUCUUUCGAUGAUACCAGCUGACCUUCGGUGCGGCAAGCUCAUGGUCUACGGCGCUGCAUUUGGGUGCUUUGAGGCUUGUGUCACAAUCGCAGCAAUCCUGACAGUCAAAAGCCCAUUCGUGAGCCCGCAGGCCAAGCGUGAGGAGUCAAAAUCUGCAAGGGCAUCGUUUGGAGAUGGCCAAGGAGAUCUCAUCUGCGACCUGCGUGCCUAUGAGGAGUGGACAGGGAGAAGAUCGGCGGGUGAGCCGACGUCGUCACUCCGCCGCUGGUGUGACGAGAAUUUCUUGAACCACCAGACUCUCAUGGACAUCUCUACGAACCGGACGCAAUACAUCUCUUCACUUCAAGAGAUCGGUUUCAUUCCGACAGGCUACAGGUUCGAGUCACCUGCGGCUCAGGUCCUUAAUCGCCACAACACCAGCGACAUAUUGCUCAGAGCCUUGGUUGCCGGUUCUUUCCAGCCACAAGUGGCUCGCAUUGAGUUACCGGACAAGAAGUAUGUCGCAUCUUCAUCUGGAGCUGUGGAGAUGGACCCCGAAGCGCGAACAAUCAAGUACUUCAACGAAGAGAAUGGCCGAGUCUUCGUCCACCCCAGUUCAACGCUGUUCGAUGCACAAGGCUUCCCGGGAAACAGCGUCUACAUGAGCUACUUCACAAAAAUGGCCACCAGCAAGGUCUUCAUUCGCGAUCUGACGCCCUUCAAUGUCUACAGCUUGCUCAUGUUCUCUGGGCCAAUAACGAUCGACCCUCAAGGCCGUGGACUGCUCGUCGAUGGGUGGAUAAGACUCAGAGGAUGGGCCAGAAUUGGAGUGCUGGUCAGCCGCAUGCGCAUGAUGCUCGACGAGCUGCUAGCCAAGAAGCUGGACAACCCAGGGCUCGAAAUGGGCGAAAGCGAGGUGGUGAAAGUGGUCAGGAAGAUGGUGGAGCUGGAUGGCCUCGAUCGAUGA